GAAAAAGAAGAAGAAGCGAAGACUUCCAAAACGAGCUAAGAGACACAUACCACAGAGACAGUCAUGAUCGUUUCUUCAAUCGAACAACCUUCCUGGUUUUCCCCCAAAAAGUUACUUGUGAUAUUCUGUGUGAUUAACUUGAUAAAUUAUGUGGACCGAGGAGCAAUUGCAAGCAAUGGUGUGAAUGGGACUCUUGGAACUUGUACUGAAGGUGGAACAUGCACAUCCGGCAGUGGCAUACAGGGUGAUUUUGACUUGAGCAAUUUUGAAGAUGGAUGCCUCUCAUCUGCUUUUAUGGUUGGACUUCUGGUGGCUUCUCCAAUUUUUGCUUCACUAGCAAAAAGUGUAAAUCCAUUUAGGCUCAUUGGAGUUGGGUUGUCAGUUUGGACUUUUGCAGUAGUUGGCUGUGGUAUUUCAUUCAACUUCUGGUCCAUAACUAUCUUCCGGAUGCUAGUUGGUGUUGGCGAGGCUUCAUUUAUUAGUCUUGCAGCUCCAUUCAUUGAUGAUAAUGCGCCCGCUGCUCAGAAAACGGUGUGGCUUUCAAUAUUCUACAUGUGCAUACCAUCUGGAUAUGCACUUGGUUAUGUAUAUGGUGGGUUGGUGGGAACUUAUUCCAAUUGGCGUUUUGCCUUCUGGGGGGAGGCAAUCCUGAUGCUUCCGUUUGCUAUUCUAGGAUUUGUAAUGAAGCCUUUGCAGCUUAAAGGUUUUACGCCUGCUGAAUCAAAAAAUGUGAUGACAGGGCUGGAGACGGGUGGCUCAGAAGUUGAAGGUUCUUGUGUUUCGAAUGGUAAAGAUGGAUUUUCAGUGGAGGGAGAUGCCAAAUAUUCUACCAUAUAUGAACAGAAUGAGAUGAACUUUGCAACGAAGAUAAAGGAUCAAAUUUCAAGGUUUACCAAAGAUAUGAAGAUGCUUUUGGUUGAGAAGGUUUAUGUUGUUAAUGUUCUAGGUUACGUCGCGUACAACUUUGUGAUUGGUGCAUACUCAUAUUGGGGGCCUAAGGCUGGUUAUAAUAUAUACAAUAUGACUGAUGCAGAUUUGAUAUUUGGAGGUGUUACAAUUGUUUGCGGAAUAUUGGGUACAGUAGCAGGAGGCUUACUUUUGGAUUUCAUGACCAGCAGUAUCUCUAAUGCUUUCAAGCUUCUGUCAGCAGCUACGUUUUUUGGGGCAAUAUUUUGCUUCAGUGCGUUUUGCUUCUCAAACAUGUAUGCUUUCCUAGCUUUUUUCUCAGUUGGGGAGCUGCUUGUCUUUGCAACUCAGGGUCCUGUAAAUUACAUUUGUCUGCACUGCGUUAAACCUAGUAUGAGACCACUAGCUAUGGCUAUGUCUACUGUUUCUAUUCAUCUACUUGGGGAUGUGCCUUCCUCCCCUCUUGUUGGAGUUCUCCAGGAUUACAUUAACAAUUGGAGGGCGACUGCUCUUAUUCUAACAUCUGUAUUUAUUCCAGCGGCUGGUAUAUGGUUUAUAGGAAUUUUUCUGCCUAGUGUGGAUAGAUUUGAUGAAGAAAGUGAGAAUCAGAUCUCAACAACUGAAAGGUCAAGCGCGACUCCUCUGCUUGGAGGGACGAAGACAGAAUCGACUGUAUCUGCUGCUGAAGUUUAAUAUGAAAAACCCCAGAAGUUUAUUUAUAGUAUGUCCGUUAAGAUUAAGUCAUGUAAAUAUCGUCACAGGUUAAUAAUGGGCAAUUCUCUCUUAUUCUUUGGUCAUUAUUACGAUGACAAUUUAUACUGUACCUUUCAAUUUUUGCAAUGCUUGUAAAUAGAGAUUGUCCAUAAGGUCAUUUCUGCGUUAAGUCCCUAUUCA